CUCAUGUCUUUCCUUAUCUUAUUUCACGGCCACCACCGGCGCGCGACGGCCGACCACCAGCAGCGCCGCGACAUCGCAAGCGCCCCGUGGAGGAGAAGGCCCGCUGACAUCCAUCUCCUCUAGAUGCUGACCUCUCCCUUCCGACGAGGCGCCGGAUCGGACGGUAAGUUGAAGUCGUGCCGGACGAUACAUCGGACGACUGCUGCCUGCACGCGCUCGCCUCCACCGUCUUUGCUCCUUUUCCCGGCCUAGCUGCUGUUCCUCUUCCACGGCCCGGUCUCUUCGUCGAUCAAGCAAGCAGCAGCACCAGCGGUGCAGCUAGCUAGCUAGUACGCUGGUGUAAACUACCUUGCUCUCGGUAAACUGAUCAGACGGUCGGAGCAAACCGGAUAUUUGAAAUUCGACAAAGGUUUUACCGAGUGUACGACGAAUGACUCCUGAUAAAGAUCCGUUUGGCUGAUAGGUAUACGUCGGGUGGUCUUCGUUGAGUGCAACUCUCGGCAAAGGCUUUGCCGAGUGUUGCGUCAUGCGUGACCGUAUCUGAAACUGAGCCCUGUUUCAGGACAUCCAUUUAUGCAACCGAGCAACAGUCGAGACCAUUCCGGAAGCUCUGUCCACUCGUGUCGCUCCGAAGGAGACGCUGCGGGAUUUGGGAGGGCGACGGGGCUGGCGGCGCAGGGCGGCAGGCUACCUGGUAAUAUCCACCACGACGGCGACGGCUACGGAUUCGGCGGUGGCCGGCGUUGACUCCAGCAGGUAUACAUUGGAGAACGGCUCAUCCCCUUCCCCCCAUUUUUGUGCGUUUUGUCGGCGUUCAUGGCGGUCCUCCCCGGGGUGGCUUCGCACUCAACGGCACCGGGUUUGUUGGCGAGUGGUCGCUGGUGUAGUUAGUUGAACGGUGCAAUAGGAGAGAUGUCGCGGGGUUGUAGGGGUGGAUGUCGCCAAUGCACUAGGUUGGGGGCGGCGCUUGUGUGAUGUGAAUCAUGGUUGGAUGUUGCUGCAGGAUUUUUUUACAUGCUCUAUUUGCUGACUUAUUUGCUUUCGCUGUUUUGCAAAGCUCAUCUGAGCAGAGGUUGUGCUGCUGAAAUGUUUCAGUGAGUGUCAGUGAGUAGUGUUUCUAAGAUAUGUGUUGCUGAUCGGUUUCAAUGAGUGCCAAUGGGUAGGUUUCAGUGAGUUUGUGUUGGUUUAUUGUUUCAGUGAGUGUGAAUGAGGUUUAGGUUUUCUGUAGUUGCGGUGCUGAAUUUUAAUGAGUUUCCGGGUUUCAUCCAUUCCUAAAUUCGGUGCUGCUGAAUUUUCCGAAUUGAAUGUGAUGUAGAGAAACCUAAAGUUGCAUGAUCAUAGUUUUCAGGUCGCGAUAUUUCUGAAGCUCCUAGUUUUUGGAGUUCAUAGUUUACGAUGUGAUGCAAUCCCCGCAUAGAAACAUGAUGCACGAUCGCUUUGUCUUAUUUCUGAAUUUUUGCAGCAAAUAGAUUAUGUGGUUCAUUCUACCUUUUUUUAUAGCUCAUGUUGUUCCAUCUCAUAGCUUAUGUUAUUGUUUUUCUGAAAUUAGCUAUGGUGCAUUUCCUGUAGCUUUUAGCUGGGAAAUUUUAGGUUAUAUGUUUCCGAGAAGAAAUGUUUGGUAAUAGCUUAUGCUUUUCUGAAAUUAGUUGGGACCGGUUGAAUUAUGUCUCAUGUAGCUAUUUUUCUGAAAUUUGAAUCAUGUCUGCAUGGUUUCACUAGUUUUAGUACCUUUCAUUUUCUUAGAUCACUAGUUAUGCAUGCAUAUACACUAGUGCAGGAAUGCCUAGGCGUGCGGAAAAAGCCCAUCAAUGGCGGGCAUGGUUCUAAGGGGCGCCCGCCACUCCUAACAUGGCUUUAGUGGCGGUCGCGCGCCUGCCACUAAUAAAGAUCUAGCAAUGGCGGGAUUUACCUAGUGUCUUUCACUAGUAAUCCACACUAACGACACACACUAUCAAUGAUGGGCAUCAAUAUUCACCUGCCAUUGGUAUAAUUUUAGAAAAUUAAAAAAACAAAUGAACCAGCAGGCGGCACAGCAGUGACGCUCUACCUCGUGCACGCUGGAUCCAUCCUCGCGCGCAUGCCUACUGGAUCCACUGCCGCACAGAGGCCCGUUGGAAGAGCCCGCUAGAUCUAUUGUGAGCGUUGCGCCUGCUAGAUCCAUCAGCCCACCAGAUCCUCCGAUGUGCCCACUGGAUCCACCACGCCGUUGUAUCUGUCGCCACUCAUGCUGGAUUCGUUGUUGCACACACGCUCGCUGGAUCUUGCGCCCCACUACAUCCGCCGCCUCGUCCAUUGGAUUUGUUGUGCCUGCUGCAUCCAUUGCCCACGCGUUGACCAUGUCCUGCCUGCUCGUCCACUCGAUCGAAACGCUCACCAACGGCCGAUAUCACCGCUAGCCAAGUGUGGCCCAUGCCCAUGCUAGCCCACCAUGUCGUCUACGACCCACUGCUGGGCCGACAUGUGGGAACCUUGGCCACGCUGAGCAUAUUAUCCAUGUAGAUAUGCCCCAUCGUCCUGACAUGUGGAUUCAAUUGGCCAGUUUUGUGCUUAGAAGUGGCUCAGUCUCGAAUCAAUGAGAUUUGUUACUCACUUGCCGUAGAAAUGGUGACCAUUUGUGAUUUUUUGACAAAAAUGAUGACAACCUAUUACUUUAUACAAAUGUGAUGGUUUUGAGCAAUUUACUCAACUGCUGAAUUACAUCAACGGGCUUGGCUCUAAUAGAAGAAGGCCACAUAUCAUCUCCCAGAAGAGCGCCGAAUCGCAAAUCAAAAUAAGACCAUGAUAAAAAUUGCAUGAUACAAAUCAAGAAUUCCCCUGCCUGCAUGCAGAUUCAGCGGUGCCCUCGUCCAACCCCAAAAGACACAACCAGACAGGAAAAAAAGAAAAGGUUAUCAACACCCCCAAUUAAGCUCAAAACAAAGAAAUGGUUGUGCUUAACAGUGUGACAUAAGAUCGUGUGAAGAAAUGGAGUAUUAGAAGACGGCCUUGUUGAGCUGCAGAUGGCGACCACACAGGUCAUCGGGCCGCUAGCCCGCUGGUUUUUGGUGCAGAGGCCAGUUGUUUACUCAUUAUGUUUGUAUCCCUGAUCCUAUAUUAUACCCCCUCUGUCCGAAAAUAAGCGACUCAAAAUUAAAGUGAUACACUUAUUUUGGGAUGGAAGUAGUAGUAAAUAAAAAAUGGCAUUUAUCUGAAACAUGGAGCAUAUAACAGAUCAGCCUUAAGUUUUUUCAUAAAUUUUCUUGACAAGUUGCACAGCUAGCGAACUAUCAUCGCCGAUGUUGACACAUAAUAAACUAUAAUUUUUCGUCUCACCCCAUCGUGGGGGGCGGCUAAUACGUGCGUACAUGCGUACAUGUGCAGCACCCAGUAUUGUGAGAUGUCAACAACCAUUCUCUUAUACUAUUGAGAAAUGAUCUAAUCAUCUUGACCGGGCCCUGACGAGUGGUGACUAGAUACAAAAAUUCUGAGACUGAGCAUGUGAUCAUUUGAGGCCGAGCUCGUAUCAAUUAUCCUAUCUGGUCACCAUUGAUCUUAUCGAACAGACUUGACAAUUGACAUCAUUUCGUGAACCAGUAUUAGGUGGCAAAAGAAGGCCACGAGCACAAGUUUUUCAAGGUCCUAUCCAAAGAAGAGAUAAUUUCUUCUUAUUAUUUUAUUUUUUGAGGGGGUAAAAGAUUUGUCCCAUUCGUCAAUUAAGAGAGAGUUCGGUACAAGUUCAAGCAUCUGAGAGAGCAUACAAAAGCCUUCUCUUUACGCACAAUGAUACACCAAUGUGUAGCACCCUCAAUGGCCCAAUUCAUGCUUUCGCAAUCUUCCAGAGAUUAAUGGUCCCGUUGCAAACUUUAUGUUGCCUUCAUUCCAUAUCUUCCAAGCCAUGAGCAUGUUAAGUGAAUCCAUGGCCUUCUGGAGGUUGUGGCCAUCAUGGACAAUGGCAUACCACCACGACUUGAUGCGAAUCCAUACCCAAUGUCUUGAUGGAAACCAAGCAGAUGAAGCCAACCCCGAACCAAGCUCCGCACGCGAAUGGCAAAUCUACAUAGGAAGAACAAUUGGGACGCCGUCGACACUUGUUGCGAAGGGGGCAAUUGCCAAAAUUCAUCCAGCCUCGCCUCUUGAGGCGGUCCAAGUCCAACAUGGUCGCUUGGUCUACAACUAAUCCAUGGAAAACUGAGACGAGUUAGCAUAACCGGUCAAGUGGCACUUCUUUUUAAGCAAAGCCCAAGUGGCUAUACAUUAGCAAGAAGUACUUCUCUCUGAUCUGGAACUGGUUAUCUAAUGGAACAAGCCACACAUCCCUCACUAUAUAACGCUGGCCAAUGGCUACACGUAUGGCAAGCAAGGAGCAAAGCACAUAUUUGAGCGAGCAGAGUAUAUUCGGGUGGGCGCCAUUCAUCAAAAAAUGGGAGCGGUGCAUGGCGUGUGCUACGGAAUGGUGGGCGACAACCUGCCAUCCCGGAGCGACGUGGUGCAGCUGUACAAGUCCCGCAACAUCCACGCCAUGCGCAUCUACCACCCAGACCAGGAGACCCUCACGGCCCUCCGCGGAAGCGGCAUCUUCCUCAUCCUCGACGUCGGCGGGGUCGACGAGGUCCGACGCCUCGGCCGUGACCCGUCAUAUGCCGCCGGCUGGGUCCGGAGCAACGUCCAGGCCUACUACCCGGACGUCCUCAUCCGGUACAUCGCCGUCGGCAACGAGGUCCCCGCGGGCGACACGGGCAUCAUCCUCCCGGCCAUGCAGAACGUGCACAACGCGCUGGCGUCCGCCAACCUCUCCAGCAGCAUCAAGGUGUCGACGGCGGUGAGGUUCGACGUGAUCACCAACUCCUUCCCGCCUUCCAGCGGCGUGUUCAGGGACCCAUCUGGAUUAGUGCCCAUCGCGAGGUUCCUGGACUCGACCGGCGCCCCGUUCCUGGCCAACGUGUACCCUUACUUCGCCUACCGGGACGACCGUGGCCAGAACAUCCGGCUCAACUACGCCACGCUCCAGCCGGGCACCACGGUGAGGGACAACGGCAACGGGCUGACCUACACCAGCCUCUUCGACGCGAUGGUCGACUCCAUCUACGCCGCGCUGGAGAAGGCCGGCACGCCGAACGUCAGGGUGGUGGUGUCGGAGAGCGGGUGGCCGUCGGCGGGCGGGUUCGGGGCAUCGGUGGAAAACGCGCGGAACUACAACCAGGGGCUGAUUGACCACAUCCGGAGCGGCACGCCGAAACGGCCAGGGGCGAUCGAGACGUACAUAUUCGCCAUGUUCAACGAGAACAGGAAGCCAGGGGAUGAGGUGGAGAGGAACUUCGGGCUCUUCUUCCCCAACAAGCAACCUGUCUACCCGACCACCUUCCCCAAUUAAUUUUUUUUUGCGUGGAUCCCCAAUUAAUAAUCGGAGGGCUUGUGAAUGCUCUAACUAAUUAUUUUAAAAAGUCAGCGUCUAUUUACGUAGCUGGCGUAAAAUGGAUGCAUGCUUUGCCACCUGAAUAAAAAUUAUAUUUGUGCUUGAAACAAUGUACGUAGCAUAUGAAUGAAUCUUCUUCAUGAAUAAAUUUAUAUUUCUUGUGCCA